GGUUUAUAACCAUUUCAAUGGUACACAUGACGAGAUACUUUCUCGUUUCUGUGUUUCUGGAUUAUGUAAAGCUUGGCCUUCAUACCGUGGGCUUUAGAAUGCACGAAUUAUCGAAGUAUGUUCACCAAAGAGGGUGCUAAGAUCUGGACUUCGUGGAGUGGAGGGAAAGCCAUUGAUGAUUUUAUCAGCGUAUCUAAAGAAAGGAAGGAAGAACGGAGAUUUCAACAUGCACCGCGAGAGUGGAAGAUCAGUCGAUCUCAAUAUUCGGCUUGGUCGAGCCAUUGGAAAAAUGAAGGCCACAAUUACUCAAAAACUCGUUAUUGAUGACAUCUCAAUCGAUGUAGAAUGUGAUUCUCAAUCCAUCUUCUGGUGUCUUAUCGAAGAUGAUGGGCUGGAGAAAUAUCCAGAGGGGUAUAAGUAUUUAGCUGUUGCACAGCAUAAAAUUGGAUAUGCGAUCUUGGAGGAUCUACCAACUAUGAUGGGGAGACCUUUUGGAAAGAUGUAUGAUGGUAUGGCAGGAUGGUUGAGAGGCGAGGAAGUCGACCUAAACUGGGACUAAGCGGUUGUAACUAAAAGAAAGUUUGUGAUGAGUAUUAAUGAAUUUAGGA